CGUUCGCCCACGCACUCCAUGUUCAUAUCUAAAGUGAAAGUAUUCAUCAAAGAAAAUGGACCCUAUUGUAGUUUUUAGCAGAAAUGUGGCGACAAUCAAAACUCCUGUUAACUUCUGUGAUGUAAAUAUGGCCAGUCAUUAUCCUGUGCAGAAUGUGAUGCUUCAAUGUAACUUUAGAAACUUGUAUGAUUUUUCUCGCAAAGCUGGAUCUUUAUUGCGAUUGUGUAUGUUGGAAGCAAGUGGAAUGAAAGCUUAUCAUAACCCUAAAUUUAGUACUAAACUGCCAAACAUGGGUUAUAUUCAGCCGCAUGUAUCACCGAGUGUACCUGGGUAUCUACCACCGUGUGUUGUACCUCAGUAUCUACCACCGAGUGUACAACCGAAACGUAUUGAUAUGGCACAUGGAGAUGCUCGUCGUGCGAAGCGCCUUGCAGCAGAAUUCGAUCGCUUAUUUCCACAUUUUUUAAUCGAGUGCGAUUUAGAAGAUUGUAUGCCUCAACUCAAACUACCGAAUCUAGGCAUUAUACAAGCGACGAUUCCUGGCCACAUGUAUGUGAUAUAUUUUGACGAAGGGAUUAUCUACCGCAUUGAUGCAAGCAUUGAUGUCAUGUCAUGUGUAUGGACGGUGGAUAAUACGAUCAUGAUUGACGCAGGCGUAUGUGUGUCAGUUCAGAAGUAUAGUUUUUGUGGACCCGAAGUUUCAUUUUUCAUAUAUGAAAAUGGAUUUACCAAAUUCAAGUCGGUUACAAAGCCAGUUAUCCCUUAUUUAAAAUCCGAAUGUCGCUAAAGGCUACGAAACUAUACCUCAUAUAUGUAGAGACACUUAAUUUUUAAUAUCACAGUGAUCCUUUCGACGCUUGGCGUCCCAGAAUAUGGCUGACUCUUGAGAUAUUUAUAAGUGCAUGAUCUCCAAGAUUUAAUUUGUAUUGGCCCAUAUCUAUCGGAAUCCUAUUGAAAAACAACUCUAUUUCUUCUGUUAAACGAAACGAAUCAUUAUAUCUUGUGAAAUUUUGCGUUUUUGUAUGCAAAAUGUUUGUAAUAAAAGUAUAUUCAUUAGAUACAGCGGAAUGUAAACAUAAAAUGUCGGCCUAAACACAUUCAAGCGUGCAAGGACAUGCACUGCCAUGAUACUUAUUCUUUAAAGGCAAAACAGUUUCAGUCUCUAUAUGGACGGAGAUUUCUUAUUUUUAGAUUUCUGAUAAAUAGUUUUAAUUUAAUUUUUACUAUUAUGACUAUCGCUGAUUGAAUUCGAAACUGAUGUGUUAUUGGGAAUCUCGGUACGUUACCUAAUGCUAAAACUGAUAAAAUUGAUAUUUCUUUGCUUUUGUGGGCAUCAAUAUACAAUUAUAGAAAUUAUUGCAUGCGAUUAUAUUUUAAAAACAGAUAUAGAUUUAGUUUGUCAGAAUUAUAUAUUAGUUCAUUCUUAUAUCAC